AUGAAGUUGGUCAUCUUGAUUCUGAUUCUUACAAUAUUUAGUACCUAAGCUCAAACAUAACUUAGAGGGAAGAACAAAUUUGGUAUGGUUGGCCAUAAUUAAGACUAGAGUAGAACGAUGAAUUAAUAGAAAUGAAUAAUUAAUAUACCCCAGAACUAUAAGAAUAUUCAUUAUUUGCGCAAUUAACUAAGCCCUUAUAUGAAACUGCACCGAUGGAUGUUAUGUUGCUAAACCAUGAAAUGGAAAUAGCUAGAAUGAUGGGUACACAAGGAGUAACUUUGAGGAAUUAUGUACUUGAAGAAUCACCAUUUAGUCCUGCUUGGUGACUAAUGUUUAAGGACUUCAUUUGAUAUUUCCUAUUUCAUAUAGAAUCAAUAUCGUAAAACCAUAUUAUUUUCAAACUGCAUAAAAGUCAGUUUGUAAUCAUAUCUAUUUUCUUAUACAAAGAAUAAAAUGA